GGAGCUGUGAAGAUGAACACGUUCCUCUAACAACAAUUCAACAAUAAAUGCUGGAACAUUGAAGAUGAGCAUCCAGUCCAUCAGGAAGAAGUGAAAUCUGCAGAGACAGAGUUUAUUGAAGGACAGAGAGAACAUGAGAGAUCCAGAACCCUGCAGAAUGAAACACACUGAAGAAGAAACAGACCUGAUGGAAGUGAAAGAGGAAAGACAAGAACUGCUUGAGGAGAAACAUAAUUUCAUACCUGGAGAAAAAUCUUUGAGUUGUUCACUGACUGAUGAUAAUAAUAAUAAUAAUAAAUCCCAAAAACGAGAAAGAGCCAAAAAUGUUUUCAUCUGCCCUCAAUGUGCAAAGAGUUUUACGCAAAAAAUCGGCCUUGAGCGCCACAUGCUAAUUCACACCGGCGAGAAACCCUUCACUUGCUCUCAAUGUGGGAAGAGUUUCAGGUGUAAAAGGAACCUCGUCGAUCACAUAAGAGUUCAUACCGGAGAGAAACCGUUCACGUGCGACCAAUGCGGCAAGAGUUUCGCAUACAAAACAGGCCUGAACAGACACAUAAGGAUUCAUACCGGAGAGAAACCAUUCAUGUGUCCUCAAUGCGGAAGAGGUUUUGCACUCUCAGGAGCCAUUAGGAGGCACAUCAAAAUCCACAGCGGAGAAAAGCCGCACACAUGCGAUCACUGCGGAAAGAGUUUUACCUAUAAAGAAAACCUUAAGGAGCACAUGAGGAUCCACACCGGAGAGAGACCGUACACUUGUGUUGAGUGUGGAAAGAGCUUCACACAUGUCAGCAGUCUUAAAGAACAUCUUCACACUCACUCUGCUGUCAGGCCGUUUAACUGCGACCAAUGCGGUAAAACGUUUCUUUCAUCAUCCAUACUAAAGAGACACUUGCAAGUUCACAUGCAGGAGAAGCCGUACUUGUGUUCUCUGUGUGGAAAGAGUUUCGCACGACUGGAUGGUUUUAAAGAGCAUCAGAAGAUACACACCGGUGUGAGAACUCACGUGUGUUUCGAGUGCGGGAAUGGGUUUAUAUCAGCCACGCACUUGAAACUGCAUCAGAGGAUCCACACUGGAGAGAAACCGUACAAGUGUUCGCACUGCGACAAGAGGUUCUCUCGCUCAGGAACCCUGAAAGCGCACGAGAGGAUUCACACCGGAGAGAAACCAUAUCACUGCACCGCGUGUGGGAAGAGUUUCAACCAAUCAAAUCAGCUGCUGAGUCAUAAGAAGAAACAUCACUCUGUGUUGUCGCAAUGAGCUUUUUAUCUUCAGAAACCAGGACUUUCUAAGAGAUGUGUGUGUGUGUGUGUGU